AAUUUUAUUAAUUUUGUUAAUUUAAUUAAUUUUAAUAAUUUUAAUAAAUUUAAUAAAUUUUAAUUUAAAAAAAUUCCUUGCACAAGUGCAACUCUUUUCAAAAUUAAAUUUUUGUAACCUUAUAAUUAAACUGACACCCCGUUGAUUACUCUUCACCCUUCAGCACAUUAACCUGACAUACAUAAAUACUAUCACCCUGCGUUUCUUUUAACCUAUUAGGAAAAACAAACCCAUACCUUUUAAAAAAUAUACUCUUUUAUUAUUAAACAAAAGCUUUUAUUUUUUUUAUCAUCUCCAAAAAUGGCACGUGGAAUAAGCGGCGUUAACUCCUUCCUUUUGGCAGCAGGAAAUAAGAAGAACAACAAUCGCUCCGGACGUUUAGUGGAGCAAGGAGGAAAGCAAAAUAGAGGUUUUGCCAGAAUUGCAACCUCUAAGGUUUUUGUUUUGUUCGUUAUUUCUCUAGUCUGCUUCUUUUGCCAGAACACCCUCAUCGUCGAAAAUGGAAAGGCACUUAAUGUAUCACAAUUGCACAAUGGUUUUGCAAGAAACUUGGGUGAAUCUUCCUUGAGAGGCUCAAUGAACGAUGAUUCCGCAGAUGCUUCUGCAGGUGGAAAAAUGGAGAAGAAUUACUUCCAAAGAAAAGAUGAAAAUUAUGAUAAAGUUGUUCAAGAAUUAAAUGAAAAAUUCAAGAACGAAUACCAACACAGCGAUUCUGAACAAGACGACUGAUUCCAUUUUGCAAGUUUUCGUCAAUUUGGUGUAGAACAUGUGUAGACUAUAGACGUGGUACAUAUGUUAGCCCAGGAGUAAGUAGGCUGGACUAGGCGACGGAAAGAUUAUACAUAUACCUUCUUGAAAUAAAUUUGAUUUAUAAAAAAAGAUAAAAAGUUAUGUGCACACUAAACGGUCUGAUAACUUUAUAAUGCGCCAUCCAAAUCUUUAAGGAUUCGAAUUUUCUCAGGGGAGUUUCAACAGGCUUUAGAAUAUCAUCAUAUCCCCCCUAGAUUUGCUGCUUUUCUCAUUCCCCAUGAAAUAAUUCAAGCACUAUAUUACCUGCAUUAUAACCGUGUUAGAUCUUCUUUCUCUUUUUAGAUUUUAAUUUCCUUUUUUAUAUUUUUUCUUAUGUUUAAGAACUUGUUAAAAUGUUUAAGAACUUUAUAUA